AUGACAAAUCCUAUGAUAGAAGGCCAUCUUUUGAUGAUGGGAACACACGCACCAAAUGCUUUGUGGGGAGGACAUCUUGAACUGUCUCUGCUUUGGUCAGUAUUCUCAAAAUGUAAAAAGAAUGUACAAGGACUACGUAUCGAAAACAUCUCUUGGCGGUUGUGGUAUCGACAAGCAGUUCUUCGUAGACCAAAGGCACCCCAUCAACCUAUUCCACUCCCAGACAGCCUUCCUUUGCUCACCCGGACGCGCUCUCUUCCAACCUUUCCAUCCCAGCCAACACCAAAUAAUAUCAGCCAUGAUUGGAUUGGCAAACAAGCACAAGCACAAGCAACACCAUCAUCGUCAUCAUCAUCAUCAUCAUCAUUAUCAUCAUUACCGCCACCAUUAUCACUAUCAUUAUCAUUAUCACUAUCAUCAGCACCAGUACCACCAGUGCCGGAAUUAGCAUCACCACAAACAAAAACAAAAACAAAAACACAAGCACAAGCACAAAUACAGACACAAAAAGAAGAUACAGAAGAGUUUGGACAAGGUGCGCCGUCGCCGAUAAGAUCAAAAUUCUACAUUGACCAGUCAGACGAUGUGGAAUCUUUGGACAGCUACAUGACCAGUAGUGACGAAGACGAUGAUUUGUACUAUUAUUACAGCAAUAGCAACAUCAAUAAUGAUCUUAAUAAUAAUAAGAAGAAGGAGGAUGAGGACGAGGAUAAGAAUGAUAAGAACGAAGAUUAUUAUUAUUGGCAAAUGAGUGAGGAUGGUUAUGGUGGUUGUGCAUAUUCUUCGGAGAGCUCUUUGUGCGUAUCCGACCUGCAGCAAACAGAUUACACAUUUGAGAAACAGACGGUCAAGGCUACUGAAUCUAUUUCACUCUUAUCGGCCAUGCUGCAAGAUGAUGAACAGAACUACAAUAACAACAAUAACAACAAUAACAACAACAGUAACAACCACAAUCAAAAUCAAAAUCAUAACCUCCUCCACCUUUACAACCAGCAACAACAACACGACCAUUCCAAGUCUACUGUGAUGGAUACUGCAAUGGGUAAUACAAUGGGACUGCGACGAUGUCAAGCACGAUAUCAACAUUUAUCUGAAUGGUUCAUGGCAAAUCCUACUUCUACUUCUACUUCUACUACUUUAUAG